GCACAACACCACGCGAGAGUUCUGUGACUGUGCUGAUAGCCCUAUCAGCCGCUCUUUAGACUCUCCCCUAACAAAUCACAUCCCCCCAAAUCCAAUAUGGCCGAAGCCUCUGCCGCCGACGGCAAGAUGAAGGAUCUCAAGAUCUCUGAGAGCAAGAAGAGCAAGAAGGACGGUGCUCCCAAGACAGCCGCCAAGAAGCCUCAGCAGCAGAAGAAGAAGAUCGAGGGCGCCGCGCUCAUUGGUAUCGAUGUCGCAAAGGAGGACGACCUUGGUGAGUGGUACCAGCAGGUCAUCACCAAGGGACAGAUGAUUUCAUACUACGACGUCGCUGGAUGCUAUAUCCUCGAGCCCGCAUCGUACGCCAUCUGGGAGUCGAUCAAGGCUUGGUUCGACAGCCAGAUCAAGACCCUGAAGGUCCGCAACGCAUACUUCCCCAUCUUCAUCAGCGCAGAUAACCUGGAGAGAGAAAAGGAGCACGUUGAGGGGUUUGCUGCUGAAGUCGCCUGGGUCACAAAGGGCGGAAAGUCCGACCUCGAGAAGCCUGUCGCCGUGCGCCCUACCUCCGAAACCGCCAUGUAUCCCUACUUCGCGCGAAAGAUCCAGUCCCACCGUGAUCUUCCCCUCAAGCUGAACCAGUGGAACAACGUCGUACGAUGGGAGUUCAAGCACCCCAUGCCUUUCAUCCGAUCUCGUGAGUUCCUGUGGCAGGAGGGCCACACUGCUCACUUGACCAAGGAGGAAGCCGGUGCCGAAGUCAUGCAGAUCCUUGAGUGGUAUUCUCAGGUCUACCAGGACUUGCUGGCUGUUCCCGUCGUGAAGGGAACUAAGACCGUCAACGAGAAGUUCCCCGGCGCUGACUACACGACCACGAUCGAAGGGUUUAUCCCUGCAACCGGACGCGGUAUCCAGGCGGCCACAUCUCACUGCCUUGGACAACAUUUCUCCAAGAUGUUCAACAUCACUGUUGAAGACCCCAACCCCAAGGAGGGCGGUAAGGCUGAGCACGUACAUGUCUGGCAGAACUCGUGGGGCCUGACCACCCGUUCCAUCGGUGUCAUGAUUCUGACUCACGGAGACAACCGGGGUAUGGUCAUUCCUCCCCGUGUCGCUGAGAUUCAGGUCGUUCUCAUCCCCGUCGGUGUAAACGCUAAGAUGUCCGCCGAGGCUAAGGAGGAGCUGUACAGCAAGGUCAAGGGCAUCCAUGACAGUUUGAUCGAGGCUGGCGUCCGUGUUGAGUCCGACUACCGCGAAGGAUACUCCCCCGGCUGGAAGUUCAACGACUGGGAGCUCAAGGGCAUUCCUCUGCGAAUUGAGUUCGGUCCUAAGGAUGCUGAGAAGGGUGUUGUCACCACCUCGCGCCGUGACAUUAACGACAAGGACGCUGCACGCGGCACUAUCAACGUCGACGAUGUUGCCAACGAGAUCCCCAAGCUGCUCGAGCAGAUCCAGGCCGACAUGUUCGCCAAGGCCGACAAGGCUUACCGUGACCACCGUAUCCAGCUGACCAACUGGGACGAGUUUGUCCCUACACUCAACGGCAAGAACGUUGUUCUUGUUCCCCACUGCGAAGGCGACAAGUGCGAAGACGAGGUCAAGGCCAAGAGCGCAAAGACAGCGCUUGGCGAUGGCGUUGCAGAAGACAAGCAGGCCCCUGCCAUGGGCGCUAAGAGCUUGUGCAUUCCCUUUGACCAGCCCGAGGGCAUCGAGCCUGGCAAGACAAAGUGCAUCAACCCCGACUGCACAAACUUCGCCAAGGCCUGGGUCCUGUUCGGAAGGAGUUACUAGAGAGAGUCGAGCGUUUGCUGUUAGCAUUGAGCAUUUGGGGGCGGGGUGUUAAACAAGGUAUUUGCGCGGUAUGUAGCCGAAGCUCCAUUUCACGAGUGAAAUCAUCGCGCAUAUCUAGCAAGACAACAAGAACAAAUCAAGAUCUUGACAACACUCA